AUGGCAGCCUGUUCCCCUUCCACUUCCACUCCUUUUCCCAACAAAUUAGGCCUCCGCUACUUCACCUUUUUGGUUCGCCUAUCAAAUCUGGCACCGAUGCUAGCCGCCGCCUCCCGCACCCAGCAGUCCACACCAAAUCGAUCACCACCCAUCAAAGAGACGAGCGGCACAAGCAGACGAGGAGACAGACUUGAUGUUGUUGCCGGCGUGAUCCUCCUGCCGUUAAACGCGGCGUGCCUCGUCGGCAAGCAUGCAGUGCCGGUUGCAGAGCUGCAGCCGUUGAGCGAAGAGGAAGGGGUCCCGCUAAUGCUAGAUGUCGUCCGCCUCUUGGGAACGCCGUGGGGGAAGGGUGCUGUCCGUCGCCGCGGACCAUGCCGAGGAGCACCGUCGGAGAUCAGGAGGGACAACUUCAGUUCAGGCUCUUUCUCCCUCACCUCCUUUCUUUGGUUCCCACCUUUUUCAAUUGUGGACCAGCAGGGUCACAAUUAUGUCAUUCACUCUCAACCUGCGCUACAAAAUUAUUGGUAUAUGCAAUUUACGGUCCAUGCAUGA